AGAUGGCGCUUCUGUGACGAUAAGCAACGAAACCGGUCGUAUGCUUUCAAUUUUAUUCGUCUCAACCCUGGUUGCCUAGCAACCUACUUAAAGUUUCCAUUUGCAGUCCAGUAUCCCGGCAACUGGUAGUGUUUUUUACAUUUGCUCUGGUACUGUGUCUGUUUUUGAACACGCAUAGAGUGAUUUAUUUCGCUUCUGUCGGGUCGGAAGUCUGCCAGUUUGUCGUCGCCGUGCAGCGUGGUCGCCGGGUCGCGUAUUUUCCUAGAAGCAGCCUCAGACCUCGCAUCAUCUCACAAUGGGUGAGCAGACCGACAGCGAAGCUCCGGCUCCGGCCGCGGCCGGCUACGUGCCCGGCCCCAAUGCCAUCGACAUCUCCGGAGAUGGAGGUGUGAUGAAGGAGGUUCUGCGCGCCGGCACCGGCGACGACCAGCCCCAGUCCGGGGACAAGGUGUUCGUACACUAUGUGGGCACCCUGGCCAGCGACGGAUCAAAGUUCGACUCCAGCCGAGACCGCGGCGACAAGUUUGACUUCACACUCGGCGAAGGCCAGGUGAUCAAGGCCUGGGACCUGGGCGUGGCCACGAUGCGUCGGGGCGAGCUGGCGAUGCUGACCUGCCAGGCCGAGUACGCGUACGGCGCCAGCGGUAGCCCGCCGCGUAUCCCGCCCAACGCCACCCUCUGCUUCGAGGUGGAGCUCUUCGACUGGCGCGGAGAGGACCUCAGCCGCAAGAAGGACGGCGGCAUCGUGCGCAGACAGGUGGAGAAGGGCGCCGGCUUCGACACGCCCAACGACGGCGCCACCGUCGAGGUGUCGCUGAGUGGCAGCCUGGACGGCCGUGUGUUCGACGAGCGUGAUGUGACGUUCGUGCUGGGCGAGGGCAGCGAACACGGCAUCUGCCCAGGCGUCGAGGAGGCGCUCGAGAAGUUCAAGACGGGCGAGCGCUCGCGCCUGACGCUGACCGCCCCGUAUGCGUUCGGCGACGACGGUCAUGCGGAGUACGGUGUGCCGCCCGGCGCCACUGUCCAGUACGAGGUCAAACUGAAGAGCUUUGAGAAGGCCAAGGAGCGCUGGGAGUUUGACGCCGCUGGCAAGCUGGAACAGGCCAAGCUGUACAAAGAGAAGGGCACCAACUAUUUCAAGGCCGGCAAGUUCCAGCUGGCUGAGAAAAACUACAAACGCUGCGUCGAGUUCCUAGAGUUCGAGACCAGCUGGUCUGAGGAGGAGAAGCCGUUGGCCAAGGAGGUGGAACUGGCCGGCCACCUCAACCUGGCCAUGUGCUACAUCAAGCUGACAGACUACGUCCAGGCGCGCGCCCACUGCGACAAGGCGCUGGAGAUCGACGCCAACAACGUGAAGGGACUCUUCAGGAGGGGACAGGCGCUGGCAAAGAUGAACGAGCCGGAGCUGGCACGGGCCGACUUCCAGCGCGUGAUACAGCUGGACCCGCAGAACAAGGCGGCCGCCCACCAGGCGCAGAUCUGCGCACAACAGAUCCGCGCCGCUAAGGCGCACGAGAAGAAAAUCUAUGCAAACAUGUUCGAGCGGCUCUCGAAGAUGGAGGAACGCGAGUCGCCCGCCAAGAAGAACGAGGACUUCCAGAUCGGCCACUUUGAGAAGAGCGGCGAGUCGGCGCCGGCCGGUGACGUCGGAGACGCGGCACCCGCGGCACCGCCGGCCGACACGGAGGAGGCCCCCGCCUCGUGAUCUCGCCCCGCGCGGCCGUCCCGCCCCACCACUAGUCGCCGCGCACCGACCGCCGCCGCCGCCCGCCCUCCUGCCAGGGCGGCGGACCAUCCGGCGGCCGGGACCCGGCCCGCCGCCGGGCUGCUCCAGCCCCGCGUCUGACCCGCCCCGGCCGGUGGCGCCCCUCGCUCCCCGCCCGCCCCAGCUGCCGCCCCUGUUCCGCCUUCCGCUUGCUCUCGUCUUGCCCGUUGGUUGCGCAGAUCGACUAACGCCGCCGCCGCGGCGGCGGUCUCGGCAAAUCACUCAUAGUGAGGCAGAAAGACUCGGAGUCGGCCUUUUGUUUCUUGUCCAUGUGUGUGAAGCGUACGAUUAAAUAAAUACAUUCCGGUUCGCAUG